AUGCAGAUUGAGAACUCUCAAGGCGACUCUGCUGCCGAAAUUUCCGACGACAUAGCUUUGGCGGUUGAAGCGUUGACGGAGUUGAAGAAUUCACAUGGUCAAGUUGGGUUUCAUCCACAGGAGCAUGAUUUCCAGCAACAACAGGGCGAUACACUGCUGGCCAAAGUGAGAACGAACUCGCUAAUCGACAAUGCGGUGAAGGUUUAUAAAAAGAGCAAAAACCAAUAUCCCAAGUUCAGAAGAGGGGCGGAAAUGGUGGAACGGAAAGCUCUUAUACCCAUGGUAAAGCGAUUGGAAGAACGACGCAGUCAAAAGCGACUGCUGGAAAACACACACAGGAUGAACGACCGCAACGACGUCCUGGAGCUGCAAGAAAUAGAGACCGAAAACGAGAUAGACGUGGAGAGCGAAGGCGGUGACUCGAAAAUUGCCCACAUCGCAAGCGAUCGCGAAACCAGAAAGAGAAGAUCGAAAAAGCAAAAGAUAUCCAAUGCCAUUGCGAAGUCCAAGAGCAAUUUGAAGGGGUAUCAGCUUAACAUGUCGAUUGAGUCCAAGAAGCGUCUGGUGACGUGUCUGCAUCUUCUGAAGCUUGCCAACUACCAACUCUCCAACCGCGUGAGUUUCUUACAGGAUUUGGUUCACAAGGAACAGCAACUCAGGGGUGGACGAAUACGCGAGAAUAUAGGCCGGAGAAUCAAAGUCCGGGGCGAAAAAAGACCUGAUGACGCCGAUAUCGCCGCCAAAGACCGCGACAAUGGUGAGAGGAAGGAGAAUGAUGAGUACGACGAAAACGAAAAAGGCGAAUCAAACGGAGACGAAGACGAACCUGAAGACGAAGACGAGGACGAAUGCGAGGACGGUGACAAGGACCGCUAUUAUGACGCCUCAGACAAUUUACACGAACAAUCUGACGCUGUCAAGAUGGAAAUUGUGGGAACCGUGAAAAAAGUAUAUUCACUUGUCUCCAAGUUUACGGGUAAUUCACUUCCCGAGCCAGCACGCACACAGGUUCGGGAGUCUCUACUCAAACUUCCUUCCAACUGGACUUCUUCAAUGAAUUCCGAGAACCUUUCAAAAUACACAAAUUCAAAGAGAUUAAGUCGCAAUGGCAAAGUUCUGAUUCUGGCCAAGGAGAGCCUUGGAAUGGUUCACAACGUGAUGGACGUGGUAGAUAACACAUUGGGGAAAGCCGAGGAGUGGGUUAAACAGAAACAAGAAAUUAAAGAGCUGCUCAAAGAGCAGUAUCUCAGCAGCAAGCUACGCGAUGUCGUGAGAACCCCCACUUCCGAAGAGGGAAAAAUAAAGUAG